AUGGGUGCUCAAGGAAGCAAAGUGAACUUCCGUCAGGCGGUUAUGGACCUCACUUCAAAACCGGGAAAGCAGGUUAGAUUAGGAAUUGGAAUAUGUAUAUCAAUUGAAAACAGGAUGAUGACACGUUUUGGGAUCAACUUUGGUCUUCCGAAUCGGUCAAUUCAGUCAACGACGUAUACGCAAUGAUCCCUUCUGAGGAAAUUCGGCGUUUGAGGUUUUCUGAACAGUCCAGUCUAUACAUCUUACGCUAACUCGCCUUUACAAUGGUACCACAAAGUUCCGAAAAAAGUUUAUCAGAAAUGUUCCUAACAAUUUGAAACCGCUUCUCAAGGAAUCGCUCAAGUUCAAAAAGCUGCCUUGAAACAUUACUCCAACGAUUCGAGAGAACCUUUUAAAAAUUUUUGUUUCUAAAUUUUUUAAGAAAAAUUGUUUAUUUUUUUCAAUUCAGAGAAGAUGCUCCCAAAAACCUGGCGACUCUGUGUUAUAAAGCAUUGGAAAAGCUUCAGAACGCCAGAGACCACCCGGCAACAAUCAAUCAGAAAAAAGUUUGUUUUUACAUGAUUUUUCGAACGGAAAAAGUUGAAGGUAAUCAAUUGUGUGCGGUUACUCACGCGACUGAUGCCGUACAUGCUGGAAGAAGCCGAAUGGAGGGGAUACUUUUGGUCGCCGAUUCCUCAUGUCAGUUUUUCAUCCUUCGUGAUUUCGGUUGCAUCCUCAAAUUUUCAGGGAGAUAGUCAGAGACCUCUUGCCGCUGUUCUUUUGGAAGUUCUUUCGGAUCUUCUUUUUUGUCCCGACUUCACUGUUAGCAACCUCAAUACUUCCGCAGUGAGUACAGCUUCAAAUUGAAGUUUGAAUUUAUCGAAUUCAGGAGCGUGUGGACGACCUCUCUUCCAUCGACUCGUGUGAAUAUAUCUGGGAAGCCGGAGUGGGUUUUGGCACGAAGCCCCCGAUGGUUUCUCAACAGUACCAGAACAGAUCCGAAAUUUUGAAGCUGUUACUCACAUGCUUUUCUGAAGUCAUAUACGCUCCAAUCACGGGUUAGUACAUUUUGAUAAGCUUAAUAAUGUUUCACGUAUUGAAAUGAAGAAGCUUGGAGGUUGAUUUUUAUACAAUUUUAAACUUCGUAACAUCCGGAAAAAGACGCAUAAAAAAUCUUGUUUUUAAUGAUGUUUAUCAAUCUAUCAGAUAGUUUGCAGAUGAAAACCGGCUCCGGUGGGUUGCUCACUUCACAUCAAGUUCCAACCGUCAUGUCCUGCCCAUCUUCACUUCUCUUCUGAAUGUCGUCUGUGCCUACGACCCAGUUGGAUAUGGCCUUCCGUACAACUACCUACUUUUCAACGAUUCACGAGAGCCUCUGGUUGAAGUGGCGCUUCAGGUCGGUUUUAUUUUUGGUGGAUUAACAGAAGAUUUUUUAAGGUCCUGAUCGUCUGCUUGGACAAAGAUAGUCAACCGAAAAGUGACGAAACUGGAUAUUUGGACAAUUACUUCAUCAACUAUUUGAGUCGGGUCCACCGCGAGGAAGAUUUUGAUUUCAUGCUCAAGGUUUGAAACGAAAUUUGCUUUUUGAAUAAAAAGUUCUAGGGGAUCACACGAUUGCUGAGCAACCCUCUCCAAUCUUCUUCCUCCUAUUUGCCAAAUUCUACCAAACGCGUAAAUUUCCAUCAGGAGCUCUUAGUUUUACUCUGGAAAUGCUGUGAAUUCAAUCAGGUUGGUCGUAAGAAUGGAAAAAAAUAAGAGUAAAAAUAUUCAGAAGUUUAUGUUCUAUGUUCUGAAAACAUCCGACGUUCUAGAAAUUCUAGUUCCAAUUUUGUAUCACAUCUCUGAUGCUCGAAAUGAUUCAGGUAUUCGGUUGAAAAUAUGAUUUUUUAUCUUUUUUUUUCAGCUCGAGUAGGUCUCAUUCACAUGGGAGUCUUCUUGAUACUUUUGCUGAGUGGAGAAAGAAAUUUCGGAGUUCGAUUGAAUAAGCCGUACGUCGCGAAGGCUGCAAUAAACAUCCCAUCAUUCACCGGAACCCAUGCGGAUCUACUUAUUAUUGUGAGAUUUUCUAUCACUUUUCUAACUUUUUCAUUAAAUUGAAGAGGGUUCAGAGUCUUAUGAAAGAAGUUUAAGGUGUUCCACAAACUUAUUACCACUGGAAAUUAUCGUCUCCAGUCGCUGUUCGAUUGCUUCCUGACAAUCAUUGUCAACGGUGAUUUUUUUUUCGAUUUAAAGGAAUAUUUUGGAAAUUUAUCACCGAUUUCGAUCCUUUCAUUGAACUGUUCAUAUAUUUUUGGUGUGCAGUCAAAAAUAAAGAUUAUUCUAAACAAAACUUUAAAAUUUCUCUAAGACGUCUUAAAACGCUUUUUGAAUAGUUAGGACUUCAUCAAACGGAUUGAAGUGUAUAUCCAAAUUUUUCGGAAGUUCAAAAACACCUUUCCAAAACUGUGUGAAUUAUUUCUGCUGGCUGAAUGAAAAUUCCAUAAAAUUACAACAAUGCGCUUUGAGUCUUGAAAAAGAUAUAGAUUUCUAUUGCUUCCUGAUUUUUUGAUUUAAAUCCAAUCAAUUUUUUGGUUACAGUAUCCCCAUAUUUGAAAUCAAUCUCGAUGGUCGCUUCCAACAAGUUGCUGCACCUCGUCGAGGCUUUCUCUACGCCUUGGUUCUUAUUCUCGUCUCCCACUAAUCAUCACCUCGUUUUCUUCCUCCUUGAAGUCUUCAACAACGUCAUCCAAUACCAGUUUGACGGUGCCUUUCAGUUUUUAAUACCCAUCCAACUUUUAAGAUUACAGGAAAUUCCAACUUGAUAUACACAAUCAUCAGGAAGCGUCAAGUGUUUUAUCAGCUAUCUAAUCUUUCCACGGAUGCUACUUCGAUUGCAAAAACCUUGUCAGGAAGGAAGAAUAAAUGUUAGUCAAAUCUUAUUUUUGAAAAUUUUUUUCAAAGGAUCUCUGAAAAUUUCCGAUCUGUGAGAAAACGACCGUUUGAAAAAAAGCUGUUUGCAGCCGCGAAUAGAGACGAAAUGGUGGACCAGCUCAAGAGCCCUACGUCUGCAUCAGCUCCAGAAAUUCCUGCAACAUCAGCCUCAGGUGGAGUGAUGACCAAACUCUCCAUUUUUCAUUACUAAAAUUUCAUAAUCUUCUUGAAAAAAGAAAUGUUACUGGGGCGCUUAGGUUUGCUCGGAACGUUUGCGUUUACUGUAAAAAUAUUUGAGUGCUUUAAUUAUUGUUAGAUUUUUCGUGACUUAUAAAAUUGAGAUUUAGCCAUUUUCAAAAACGGAAACCUGACGUUUCAUUAAAUACUUUUUUCAGCUUCUACAACCGCUGGACUGGCCGCCACACCAGCUGUUUCAAGCAUGACAGAAAACAGCAAUCAGUGGGAAGAUAAAGCCGUCACAAAUGAAGGUAUCUACUUUAAAUUAGUUUGCUGUUUCAAAUGGAAAUGUCAGCUGAAUGGGUCGCAACUUCGGAAUGGGCCGAAUCAUGGAAAUCGAAGCUUCCUCUGCAAACGAUCACUCGUUUACUGCAAGUUCUGGUCCCACAGGUCGAGAAAAUCUGCAUUGACAAGUGAGUUCACGUGAAUCCGCGGUUUCACAAAAAAAAAAGUUGAAAAACGGAUUAUGAUGUUUUUUCUUUUGCAGAGGACUCACCGACGAAAGUGAAAUUUUGAAGUUCCUUCAACACGGCACACUUGUUGGACUUUUGCCGGUUCCGCAUCCGAUUUUAAUUCGAAAAUAUCAAGCCAAUGCCGGAACUAACCAUUGGUUUAGAACCUACAUGUGGGGCGUCAUCUAUUUGAGGUUAAGUCAAAAAAAAUCAAUCUCAAAAACUGAUUUUUAUCUUCAGAAACACGGACCCACCAAUCUGGUACGACACUGAUGUCAAACUUUUCGAGAUUCAAAAACUCAGCUCGGAUAGAUCUUGA